AUGGAGUCGUUAGAUGAAGACAUUGCCUUCCAGUCCAACAUACCUGUGCCAAUGGAUACAACUCUGGCUGUGAUCUAUUUUGUUUUUGGAGUAUGCUCACUGUUUGGCAACAGCACCCUGCUGUUUGUCUCCUACAAGAAAAAGCACCUUCUGAAACCAGCCGAGUACUUCAUCAUCAACCUAGCAGUUAGUGACUUAGGCCUGACUCUGUCCCUCUACCCCAUGGCCAUAACUUCAAGCUUCCACCACAGGUGGCUGUAUGGGAAAACAGCGUGCUCCAUAUAUGCUUUUUGUGGCAUGUUGUUUGGCCUCUGCAGUCUGACCACUCUAACCCUGCUAAGCAUGGUGUGCUUUAUGAAAGUAUGUCAUCCGCUCUAUGGGAACAGGUUUAACUCUUUCCAUGUCCGUCGGCUCAUUGCCUUUGCUUGGGUCUAUGCCCUGUUGUUUGCCAGCUCCCCGCUGGCCUACUGGGGGGAAUAUGGACCAGAGCCUUAUGGCACCGCCUGUUGCAUUGACUGGCGCCUGUCCAAUCAGCAUUCUACGGCACGCUCCUACACUGUGGCACUGUUUCUCUUCUGCUACAUCAUACCAUGCUGUGUUAUUUUAGCAUCCUACACGGGCAUACUGGUCACAGUGCACGCUUCCCACAAGAGUAUGGAGCGGCAUGCAAUGAGGCAGACACACAUAAGCAGCAACCAGACAAUUAUUGUUAAGCUAAGUGUUGCUGUUUGCAUCAGUUUCUUAGCUGCAUGGAGUCCAUAUGCUUUGGUGUCCAUGUGGGCGGCCUUUGGACACAUUGAGAACAUCCCUCCUCUGGCAUUUGCCUUGCCCGCCAUGUUUGCCAAGUCCUCAACCAUCUACAACCCAAUCAUCUACCUAAUGCUGAGGCCGACCGUCCGCAGGAUGGUGCGCAGCAACCUGGCUACUCUGUGUCACGCCUGUCUGAAGGGCUGCCUCUGCUCCCAGGAGCCACCUGCGUGCUGCUCCAAGCCGGAGAUCAGGGUCAGACUAUGCUCAAUCCACAGACAGAUCAACCAUUUCCCUUCAUCCAACUCCUCUGCUAAACCUCCUAUUGUUGCAUUCCGGGACCACAGUUGUGAGAAGUGCCAGGAUGCUUUUGAUUGCUACACACACUACCCUCGAAUCUGCAGCAUCACUAACGCUGCUGCCAAUGGAGACUCAUCUAAGGAUCAAGACACUCCAGUUUCCAAAACACAUGUGCAGAAGACACAACGCAUAUGCCGCAAGAAGUCUCAGCUGGCCAUCAUUUGUGCAAAAAGGACUUCAGAAAUAGACAACUUUCAUAUUGAUUUAGAGAUGGUUCCAGGGCAUGCAAAAGUGGCUUGGCCCUGAUAU